AAAACCCUAGCCCUGCAUCUAUACUGUGUCUUACAGAUUUCUACUCUCUCCCCCUCUCUCUCUCUCUCUCUUCAUAUUUAUUUCAAUUCCGACUCGUAGCAAAAAUAUAGCUGUAGAAGAUCCAAUCAAGUCUCUUCUUUGCUUCAUAAUUCAAUAUUAUAUACAGUGAAUCUUAUGAUUUGAUAGAACAUUGCAUAGAGUAAACGAAAACCCAUAUAUAUAUAUAUAUUUUCGAGUGUUUGUUCUCGAGAUGGAAGCUAAUCUGUCGAAUUCGCCAUCCAGUUUUGUCGAUCAAUCUGUUGUUCCAGGGGAUGUGGUUCUUGACCUCUCAAGUAUGGCUAAUCAAACCAUCAAGCUUGGGGGUGGUCUCCAUCAGGACUGUGAUGCUAUUUCUGUCAUGAAGGCUGGGAAGCUGAAAUUUGUGAAGCCAAACAAAUGUUGGGUUAAGAGCUCCCAAAGGAGAGACAUGCCUUGUGUGGGGGAUAAUGUUCUUGGAAUUGUGGUAGAUUCCAAAGCUAAUAACUUCCUUGUGGAUAUAAAAGGGCCUGCAUUGGCAUUUCUUCCUGUACUUUCAUUUGAAGGAGGAAUAAGGAGAAACAUACCCAAGUUUAAGGUAGGUACUUUGAUCUAUGUUCGGGUUGCGAAGGCAAACACGGGCAUGAAUCCCGAGUUGUCAUGUACUGAUGCCACUGGGAAAGCAGCGGAGUGUGGUCCCCUUAAAGAUGGCUUCACAUUUGAGUCAUUAACUGGCCUUGCCCAAAUGCUGCUCAGCUCCGCAACAUGUCCGGUUCUUGAAGGUCUUGGGAAGAAGCUCUCCUUUGAGAUAGCAGUUGGUUUAAAUGGCCGUGUUUGGGUGAACGUUGAGGCUCCAUCUACAGUCAUCCUUGUAUCAAAUGCAAUUAUGAAUUCAGAGUCGUUGAGUGGGGUUCAGCAAAAGAUUAUGGUGGAGAAACUGCUCCAGAGAGUUCAGUGAUCAAGAGCUGUGAUGAAAACAUGAUGUGGUUGGAAAUCCACAAGAUAGAAGAUGCCCCUUUCGGAGGUGCAAUGACUUCAACCUUUCAUUCGCAGGAGGAGAGAUAUGGUGUAAAGGAGGAAGUUGACAUUUAUUAGUUACUAACAACGUUAGUGAGACUGACAUGCUUGUUUAGCACUCUGUACCCUGAAGAAGUUGGGAAAAUUAAAUAGUAUUCACGAGGAAAGCUUUGAAACAAUUUGAUGGUAGUCACCAUUUUUGAAUCUUGAGAGAGGGAACGUUUACUUUUGAUGACUAGUACGGUUUGUCAUAAAUGAUAAAGAAGUGACGUGUGUAGUUUGUCUAAAAUUUGAUCACCAACAAAUACCCUGAUCAUUAUUUGUUUAAUUCGGUGUAUGUAAACUUAUUAGAAGCAUUUAG